AAGUAGCAGAGCCUCGUAAGCGCAGCCAAUGCACAAACGAGAUCCAAUCUUUAAGAUUGAAAAUAAAGUGUACGAGGAUUGAAAAAUGCCCACUCGCUGUGAAAUAUGUUGUGAGAUCAUGAUAGCUAUCUUACUCCCUCCAGUCGGAGUUUGCUUCCGCCAUGGUUGCUGCAGUGUGGAAUUCAUCAUCUGUUUGCUCCUGACAAUACUAGGGUAUAUUCCAGGAAUAGUUUAUGCACUCUAUGUAAUUGUGUUUGUUGAUCGUGAUCAGUAUUUUGAUGAAUAUAGGCGUCCCCUAUAUUCUGCAUAACAGCAUAAGUAAUGAUACCUACUGCGUUUGCCCCUUUUUACUAUCGUCUAUACUGUUGGUGAUGUCAUGUAUCAAACUUUUAAGACUUGAAUGCACACCUCGAACUCUAUUCUUGUUGA